AUUUUUAAUUUAAUUUCGUGAAUGUGAUAAAAAAAAACGGAUUUACUGCGGAAGACUGGAGAUUUAAAGGUUUUUACGUUAAUCCCCACACUCAGGUUUUAGGGCGGAAACGUAAUUGACUUUCACUUGAUAUAUCAUCAUGCAUUUCUUCUUGGGGGAAUUUCAUCAUACAUCUGUUGCGCAGGGAUUUUUGUUCUUUAAGCGAGGAGCGUUGAUUCUGUUUCUUUGUUCUAUGUAUAUAGAUUAGGGUUUUGGUUGAGCAAUUGAAUCAGUCUUUGUCGAGCUAGGGCUUUUUUGAUUCUAUCUUGGGCUCAUUUUGGAAGGUUUAGCUCAGUUUUUCUAGGAUUUGGUUUUUGAGAUUGAAGUGUUUUGUUGAAUUCUGGGUAUCUGUUUGUUCAUCGAAAAAAUCGAGUCUUAAAUCUCGUUGUGAAAUUGGUGAUCGGGUUUAAUCGGGUGCUGGAAUUGAGGUAUCUUCGAUUUCAAACACUUGACGAAUUCAUAGAAAAAGGGUCCGUCUUUCGACAUUGUUUUAUCUGAUUGAGUGCACGAGAGGACCGAUUCGACUAUGAGUAGGAGAGUGCGAAGGAGGGUUUUAACGAGGGGCAAAGAAAAAUUAGAUUAUUCCGAAAUUGACGAGAGUUUGAGCUUGGAUGACAGAGGGGUUCUUGAUUGGACAAGGUUACCGGACGAUACAGUAAUUCAGCUUUUCUCAUGUCUGAACUAUAGAGACCGAGCUAGCUUAUCUUCCACCUGUCGAACAUGGCGAACUCUCGGCAAAUCUCCAUGCUUGUGGCAAGCUUUAGAUCUCCGGUUCCACAAAUGUGACCCAGCAUCCGCUUCUUCACUCGUCUCUCGAUGCGAAAACCUUCACAAGCUCCGUUUCCGUGGCCCAGAUUCUGUCGAUGCAAUCAUAAAUCUUCAAGCCAAGAACCUACGCGAAAUUAGUGGAGAUUCGUGCAGAAAAAUGACCGACGCUACACUCUCUGUUCUUGCAGCAAGGCACGAAUCGUUAGAGUGCCUUAUGAUUGGUCCAGAUUUCUGCGAAAGAAUAAGCAGCGACGCUCUAAAAGCAGUCGCAAUUUGCUGCCCGAAGCUUCGUAAGCUUCGGCUCUCGGGCAUGCACGAAGUGGACGCAGAUGCUAUCAAUGCUCUGGCGAAGCACUGCCCGAAGUUGACCGAUAUCGGUUUCAUUGACUGUCGAAAGGUGGAUGAGACAGCAUUGGGAAAUGUUGCUUCGGUUCGUUUCCUCUCAGUGGCAGGUACUACGCAUAUGAAGUGGCAUUUGAUUUCGCAGCAUUGGAGUAAGCUUCGGGACCUGGUAGCCUUGGAUGUUUCUAGAACAGAUAUUACCCCUACCAUCAUUUCAAGAUUCUUCUCAUCCUCUAUCAGUUUGAAGGUCUUGUGCGCGUUGAAUUGUCCGUUACUGGAUACGGACCCCACAUAUCUCUCCAACAAGAAUCAUAAAGGCAAAGUUCUGCUUGCUUUCACCACCGACAUUCUGAAAGGAGUGUCUGCCCUAUUCGCCGAUACACCAAUGACUAGUAAAACGAAUUGCUUCCUCGACUGGAGAAAUACUAAAGUAAAAGAUGGGAGGACCGACGAGGUUUUGAAUUGGCUCGAAUGGGAUCAUUUCGAAUCGCUUCUACGUGUUCCGAGAGCAACGCCCGGUUUGGACAGUUUCUGGCUCAACCAAGGUACGAGUUUGCUGCUUACGUUCAUGCAGAGCCCACAAGAGGAAGUUCAAGAAAGGGCAGCUACUGCACUCGCAACUUUCGUUGUUAUAGACGACGAAAAUGCAUGUAUCGAUACUGGUAGGGCUGAAGCGGUUAUGCGUGAUGGGGGCAUACGCCUUCUCUUAGACAUUGCUCGAUCUUGGAGAGAUGGGCUUCAAUCAGAGGCUGCAAAGGCCAUAGCAAACUUGUCGGUGAAUGCUAAUGUUGCGAAAGCGGUGGCUGAUGAAGGAGGCAUUAACGUUCUUGUAAAUCUUGUUAGUUCGGUUAAUAGAAUGGUCGCUGAAGAAGCUGCUGGAGGAUUGUGGAACCUCUCAGUUGGCGAUGAUCACAAGGGUACGAUUGCUGAAGCCGGUGCGGUGAAAGCUUUAGUUGACAUUAUCUAUAAAUGGUCAAGGUCUGGUGGUGGUGAUGGAGUGUUGGAACGUGCAGCUGGUGCAUUAGCGAAUUUGGCAGCGGACGAUGGAUGCAGCAGAGAAGUUGCUUCUGCUGGUGGUGUACAGGCCUUAGUAAUGCUAGCUCGAACUUAUAAAGUCGAAGGAGUGCAAGAGCAGGCGGCUCGUGCAUUGGCAAAUUUGGCUGCUCAUGGAGAUAGUAAUACUAACAAUGCUGCUGUAGGACAAGAGGCAGGUGCUCUUGAAGCUCUUUUACAGCUUACUCGUUCCACUCAUGAUGGUGUUAGGCAAGAAGCAGCUGGUGCAUUAUGGAAUUUGUCCUUUGACGACAGAAAUCGAGAAGCUAUUGCAGCGGCUGGUGGAGUUGAGGCAUUGGUUUCUCUGGCACAGUCUUGCUCAGGUUCCUCUCAUGGUCUUCAAGAGAGGGCUGCCGGUGCUCUGUGGGGCUUGUCUGUUUCGGAAACAAAUAGCAUUGCUAUUGGGCAAGAAGGAGGGGUGGCACCGCUAAUUGCAUUGGCACGAUCUGAUGCUGAGGAUGUACACGAGACUGCUGCAGGAGCACUUUGGAAUCUUGCAUUCAACCCGGGAAAUGCUCUUCGCAUUGUAGAGGAAGGCGGUGUUCCUGAUUUAGUUCAUCUCUGUUCUUCGUCUGUAUCUAAAAUGGCUCGAUUCAUGUCUGCGUUGGCACUCGCAUACAUGUUUGAUGGAAGAUUGGAUGAAAUUGCUGUGGUGGGAACGUCUACGGAGAGCGGUUCGAAGAGCGUGAACUUGGAUGGAUUUAGAAGAAUGGCUAUGAAACACAUUGAAGCUUUUUUGUUGACUUUUUCCGAUCCUCAGGCAUUUGCUGCUGCUGCAGCAUCAUCAGCCCCUACUGCACUCACACAAAUUACGGAAGCUGCUCGUAUUCAAGAAGCUGGCCAUCUUAGAUGCAGUGGAGCCGAGAUUGGAAGAUUUGUUCUUAUGCUAAGAAAUCCUUCUCCGAUACUCAAGGGCUGUGCUGCAUUUGCUCUGCUUCAGGUACUCUCUCUCUCUCUCUCUCUCUCUCGUGACUAA